UAUCUAGAACCUUUGCAAGUAAUACAGUUGAAUUACUUUUUCAUUCCAGGAGUGAAAGAUUUUUAAUGUUGCCUCAAAACUAACCUGUUAACGCCUAGUCCUGCGGUGGUGUUGUGGAACUAUAGAAUAAGUUAUUUUAGCAAAAUGGUUCACUCUGAUGAAUCUGCUUGGCAGACUGUGCCAGUGGUGGUUGGCAUGUGUGUUGUGAUUGGGACAGCAGUUCUGGCCAAGCUUUACUUCUCCUACAGCAGCAUCACUGGCAAGAAACAGCCAAAAACUCUUCAAGACCCCAAUGUGAAAUACCCUCUCAAGCUCAUCAAUAGGGAGGAAGUUUCUCAUGACACCCGCAGAUUUACAUUUGCCCUCCCUUCAACUGAACAUGUGCUGGGACUGCCGGUUGGUCAGCACAUCUACCUGUCUGCCCGCAUCGACGGGCAGUUGGUGGUACGACCCUACACGCCCGUCACGUCUGACCACACGCUGGGCUACAUGGACCUCGUCAUCAAGGUCUACUUCAAGAACGUCCAUCCCAAGUUUCCUGAAGGUGGCAAGAUGAGCCAAUAUCUGGAGAACAUGAAAGUUGGUGACACCAUUGACGUCCGAGGACCAUCGGGACUGCUGUCGUACCUGGGCAGAGGCCAGUUCGCCAUCAAGCCGGACAAGAAGAGCCCGCCCAACGUCCUCUCCGCCAAGAAAGUCAACAUGAUUGCUGGUGGCACUGGCAUCACUCCCAUGCUGCAGCUUGUGCGUGAGGUGCUGCGCGACGAAGAUGACAAGACACAACUGGCUCUGCUCUUCGCUAACCAGACCGAGGCUGACAUCCUCCUCAGGGACGAGCUGGACGAACUUGCAGCCUCCAAUGCUGACAGGUUUAAACUCUGGUACACGCUUGACCGCCCCGAGGAAGGAUGGAAGUACAGCAGCGGAUUCGUCAACAGCGACAUGAUCAGCGGUCAUCUGUUCCCUGCCUCGGACGACCCGCUCACGUUGAUCUGCGGGCCUCCCCCAAUGGUCAAUUUCGCCUGCAUCCCCAACCUGGAAAAGCUCGGCCACAAACCAAGCCUCAGAUUCGCUUACUAACUUGCAACCAAAUCUGCAAUCGACUACACACGAGGAUAUCGUAUCUUUCUGAGUUUUGUUAGCAUUACUGAUCAGUGCCACAUGAACAAAAAUUUUUUCCAUGUUAAUAAUGAACACCACAUGAAUAAAAAUGUUUUCUCUAAUAAAUCUUUAUACUAUUACUGUACCCAACAUUGAUGGAGCAUCCUUAUAAUCAAAUGAUAAGAUCAGAGGAUCAGAUCAAUUGGGUUUAUAAGUACGUGAAGCGCGAGUGACAAGCAGUACGAAUGUCAACGAUUUCAUUUAAAAUGACUUGGAACUUCGUGCGUCGCUAAUCAAUGGCAUUGUUCAUAAUGAAAAUAACACACCGAUUCCUUGCCAAUUUGUCACAAGUAGAAAUUACUUUAGAAUAUUUAGCAGCUUAUAAUAAUGUUUGGUUUGAAACGCUUAUGUUGGUGCCUUUGUUAUGUUGAUACUGCAUUUUCUUGUUUCUCGGGAGCUGGGUUUAUGCCUGACUUAAUUGGUACACUAAUUCUUGUUUUUGUGGUGCUUCCAAACCAUAUGCUUGAGCCAUCAUCAUUGCGGCAACUAUCCUCACGAUUGGCGAUAGUGGGCCCUCUUUUCAUGACUGUGAUUAUUUUCUAUUCGAUUGCCAAUAUUGUUUGUGAAUAAAUAUUUGCCUCGUAUCGUAGAAAAGUUAAAUACGCACUAUAUAUUAUCUGAGUGAACAUUGAAUUAUACAAGUUAUUUCUGAAA